AUGCCUCCUGCUUAUGAUGAAGAGGAAGGUAUGGGGCCUUCGGAGAAAGGACGUCAUCGCUACCAGAAGAAGAACUACCAAGGCGCUGUGGUGGCAUUCACAGAGGCUAUGAGAAUUAGUACCGAUCAUCUACUACUCACUGCUUUGGAUCAUCGCGCCGCUACGUUUGAGAAGUUGGGUCAAUUACAAUCAGCCCUUAAAGAUGCAAAGGAAAUGCUUGAACUGAAGCCAGAACUUUCCAAAGGAUAUCUUCGAUGUGGGAAAGUAUUGCAGCUCAAGGGAGAGCAUGAACUGGCCUUGAAAAUCUACGAGCGUGGCCUCGGAAAGGUCAAAGUUGGAACUAAUACUGACAAAGAUCGCGUGACUCUUCAGUCCAUGUUCAAUAAAUUACAGAAGUCGCAAGCGCCUCGGAAGACGCGAGAUCCACUCUCCUAUUUACCCUUAGAACUGGCAGAAAUGAUAGCCAAACAUCUCAGCGUACGAGAACGAAUGAUUUGUCUGAGUGUCAGCAAGUCGUGGAAAAGUGUAUUGGAAUCUUUUCAUAAACUUUGGACCACACUCGACACGAGUACUACCAGAAAGCUAAUUUCCCAAAGAGCUUUAAGAGCAUACCUAAGAAGAUCCAAUUACACAGUCGAUGAAGCCACUAUCAGAAACAAUACCAUUGAUCCCGCCAGAUUGCAGUACCUGACUAGAACUUGUACAAAAUUGCAUCGCCUUACAAUAUGUGGCAAUAAUCCUAUAGGAGAAACCCUAACCUCGGCGCUUCCUCUGGCGAAGUCUCUUCAAUAUCUGAAAACUGCAUGGACCUCUCAAAUUUAUUUUCGUUCUGCCCUCGAAUCUUUACGGCUUGUACAGGCGACGAUCGUGGCAGCAGAAUUUGGGAGUGUUCGUUGUCAUCCGUCAAAUUCCCUGUGCAUAUGGCCAAAGUUAGAAACCCUGCGGGUUUUACGCCUAGAGAAGGAGGGCGCUGAUAUAUCACUGAACAAUUUAUUCGAAUCAAUUCCCAAUAUCCAAACCUUAGCGUUAAACGGGUUUAACUUACAGGGUACGGUUCCACUGGAUUUGCGCCAGCUGCAGGGUCUGGAAGAUCUUGAACUUGUAGUUUGCUAUCUGAGAAGCCUCCCCUUAUUUCCAUCGACGCUCAAACGCCUUUCUCUGAGACAAAACAUGCGAUUAUCCAAUCAGGAAGACGAUACCAUUCUUCUUCCACUCUUGGAGACGUUCAACUGUGAAAAUACUGGACUCAGCGAUGGAAUGAUUGUUGCUAUUAUCAAAAAUGCCCCCAAUCUCAAGCACUUGCAUAUAGGAAGUCGACUUGUCGGAGACUAUGCAGCCGCUCACCAUGAUUUUCCUUUAUGCGAGAAUCUUGAAGAACUAGGUGUGAGCUGUCUACAGUACGAUGAGACGCGCUUUAUACGUAUUGUAGACAAAUGUCCAAACCUCAAAACGCUGGAUAUCAGUUGUACAAAGAUCACCGGUGUUGCCGUGAAGCAUUUUGUUGAUCAAGGCAUUACUUGGAUCGACUUGCAAAAAUGCGAAAAGGUCAGCUAUGAUGCUGUUGAAUACGCUCGUGGGAAGGGUGUCGAAGCUAUAUUCGGCUUUUUUGGUAGUGUGGCCACACCGAGGUUUAAAAAUCGGAUAAAUGGAUUAUAA